AACUUUUUGGCAACUUAUCAAUAGACAUUGAAGCCUACUCAGAUGAAUUCGAACAGUGUUCAGGUUCACAACACCAUGAGGAUCCUCUGUGCUGCUCUUUCGAUCAUGGCGGCCUCAGCAAACUCGGCGUUGUCGGAGGAAUUUCAGCAAGUUGUGCUGGAAUAAUUGAUCCGAUUCGACGGCAUACUCUCUUAUAAUCCCAGUUUAGCCUGUCAGCUUGUUCUCCAUCUCUUUCCCCCCUCAGUCUUACUCCCUCUUGACACCUUGCUUAAUCGCAAUCAACGAUUUGAGGAAAGGUCUCGACCUACAGCUCGCUUACGUUGCAUUAGCCUUGGGUUGACUGGUAUUUCAUUCUGCAAACCAUGCUUAGCCUGCCUUGUCUGCUAAUCUUUAGUUCUUUCUGUUCAACCCAUCAAACGUUGGUUCUCACAAGUAUAAAGAUAAGCCAAGCCUAGUGCCAUUUUUAACUUGCUUCUGCUCCCUUAACGUAGGCCGGUCAUUUUCAGAUCUUGAGUUGCUUGAGUUCGACGAUUGUGUUGCACAAAAUCACCUGUUCAUCGUGACAGACUAUUGCUCAAGAUGUCUGUAUCCUCCUGUUGCUUGAAUACAUUCCAGUGGGACGGUGUUCCCACUGGCCGCGUCGGUAGUCUUGCGAACAACCAAGCAUAUAUUGUUGGCGAAAAUCCUACCGCGGCCAUCUUGCUAAUUCACGAUCUCUUGGGCUGGACCUUCCCGAACUUACGCCUACUGGCCGACCACUACGCCAAUGAGAUUGGGGUCACGGUCUACCUCCCAGAUUUCUUUGGUGGAGAGAGUUUGCCCUUCGAGCCAAUCUUGAACGAGCGCUGGCAGGAGAUCGAUGUCGCGAGUUUCGUUGCUAAAAACAGCAGAGAAAUCCGUGAGCCUGAGAUCUUCGAAUGUGCUCGCGAACUAAGAGAAAAAUACGCCAAAAUCGGCGCUAUUGGGUUCUGCUAUGGUGGUUGGGCUGUGUUUCGCCUCGGUGCCGCAACGCAUGCUCCUCCUUUGGUAGACUGCAUCAGCACUGGUCACCCUACGUGGCUAACAAAGGAAGACAUUGACAAUGUCGCCGUGCCUGUCCAGCUGCUGGCGCCAGAGCACGACCCCGUUUUUACUCUGGAAUUGAAGCAACAUGCCUUCCAAACAAUCAUAAAGAAAAGUAUCAUGUUUGACUAUCAACAUUUCCCAGGCGUGCACCACGGGUGUCUUACGAGGGGUUUUGAAGAAAAGGAUGGUGAGAGGGAGGCCUUGGUGCAAGCGAAAAGCGCUGCUGUCAACUGGUUUACCAGAUUUCUGCAAGGGAAAGACUAAAACGCAACUGUUAAGCCGGAGUUGGCGCCUGUGCUCUCAAGAGAGUCAUGUUUGCAUUGGAUUCUAGAACCACAAAAAGGGUGUAUGAAGUCAGUUGAAGCAUGAGAAUUCUCCAUUUACUUGUCCCUAGAGCCCUAUGGUCCAUUCUUUUGGAACUACAUGGACCGCCUCUGAUGGAAGGCUCAAAAAGAUUCCUGCCAUCAUAAAUGGAGCAAAUGCAGUGAACUUCAAACUAUGCAUUGGCGCCUAAUAGAAGUAGUGCUCUUACUACGGGUUUACCUCAUAUUUGAUAUGUAAAGAAAUAUUCUCCC